AUGGAUUUUAUUGUUGUGGUUACAGGCCUGCUAGCAUACAUUCUACCCAAUCUGAAUCAACCUGCUGUUCGUGCUCUACGUGUGUUACGACCACUAAAGUUGGUAACUGGAUUUGAAAGUUUGCAAAUAGUGCUCAAAUCUAUUAUUAGAGCUAUGGCUCCGUUACUUCAAAUCAGUUUAUUAGUCCUAUUCGCUAUAAUUAUAUUUGCAAUUAUUGGUUUAGAAUUCUAUUCUGGUGGAUUUCAUAUGACAUGCUUUGAUUUGUAUAAUCCAGACCACUUACCACUUUCUUUGCCAAAUCGACCAACAUUAGCACCGUGUAGUCUUUCAAACAGUUCAGCAAUUGGUACUGGUGCUGUUCCUCAAGGAGCAUUUGUAUGCCCAUUAAAUUAUGUGUGUAAAGGUUACUGGGAAGGACCAAAUUAUGGAAUAACUAGUUUUGAUAAUAUUGGUUAUGCUAUGCUAACUGUAUUCCAGUGUAUAACAAUGGAAGGCUGGACGGAGAUCAUGUAUUCUACAAAUGAUGCAUUUGGGGAUCGCUUCAAUUAUUUAUACUUCGUUCCGUUAAUUAUACUUGGAUCAUUUUUCAUGCUAAACCUAGUGCUUGGUGUUUUGAGUGGUGAAUUCGCAAAAGAAAGAGAACGUGUAGAAAAGCGUCGUGCAUUUUUAAAGCUACGUAGACAGCAGCAAACAGAAAAAGAAUUUAAUGGCUAUAUGGAUUGGAUACAAAAAGCCGAGGAAGUUAUUCUGGCCGAAGAUACAACUACAGCAGAGGAACGCAUGCGCAUUAUAACAGCCCGCCGAAGAGCUGCUAAACAACGACUUAAACAAGCAGGCAAAGACGCAUCUUUCAAUGAAUCGAACUUUGAAGAUUCUGAAUUGUUUGCUGAAUCUAAAGCUCAUUCAUCUUAUGGAGAUCUACUGAGACGUCGAAAAGAAAGAUGUCAAGGAUGUUGGAGAAGAGAAAAACGAAUUCGAUAUGCUAUACGGAGAAUGGUGAAAAGUCAACCGUUUUACUGGGCAGUAAUUAUACUUGUAUUUUUAAACACCGUCUGUGGAGCUAUUGAACAUCACGGUCAACCUGCAUGGCUUUCUACAUUUUUAUACUAUGCUGAAUUUGUAUUCCUGGGUUUGUUUAUUAUCGAAAUGUUAUUGAAAGUAUAUGGGUUGAAUAUACGAAUCUACUCUGAAUCGUCUUUCAAUAUCUUUGACUGUGUGGUUAUUAUAGGAAGUUUAUUUGAAAUAAUCUGGGGAUUUUUUCACCCAGAUGCAUCAUUUGGAAUCAGUGUUCUGCGUGCUUUGAGACUUUUACGAAUCUUUAAAGUAACAAGAUAUUGGGCUUCACUGCGAAAUUUGGUGCUUUCCUUACUGAACUCUAUGCGUAGCAUCAUUUCACUAUUGUUUCUAUUGUUUCUUUUCAUCCUGAUAUUUGCAUUACUCGGUAUGCAAUUGUUUGGUGGAGAUUUCAAUUUUGACGAAGGUCGACCCACACAACAUUUUGACACAUUUGUUAAAGCUUUGUUAACUGUGUUUCAGAUUUUAACAGGAGAAGACUGGAACACAAUUAUGUAUAAUGGUAUUCGAGCACAAGGUGGAGUUACAGGAGGAGGUGCAAUUUACAGUGUUUAUUUUGUAUUAGUUAUGGUCUUUGGAAAUUAUACUUUGCUCAAUGUAUUUCUCGCCAUUGCUGUGGAUAACUUGGCCAAUGCACAAGAACUAACAGAAGCUGAAGAGGAACAGGCCAAGUUACAAGAAGAGAUACACUUAGCUGAGGAAGCAACAGAAAUGAGAUCUAAUGUUGAGAUGAAUAACAAUGGCAACGUCAGAAAUACUCAAACUGCAGGAAAUUUUGUAAAUACCUAUCACAAAUCCAGCAUACAUGAUACAGAUCAUACAUCAGAUGCAAAACCAGAUAAUUUGACUGGAAUGAAUCAAAACAGAACCGGUGCACAAAUGGAUAAUUUCAUGUUUACCCAUAUGGGGAACCUAAACUUUACAUCGAUCGAAAGUGAUGAUACAGCCAAACUACAAAGUUCACAAAUUCACGGAAAACCUGUUCUACCAUACAGUUCAAUGUUUAUUUUCGCACCAACUAAUGCAAUAAGACGAUUUUGUCAUUUUGUAGUCAAUCUACGCUACUUUGAUCUAUUUAUUAUGAUAGUAAUCUGUGCCAGUAGUAUUGCACUUGCGGCUGAAGAUCCUAUAUCUGAACAAUCAAAAAGGAAUACAAUACUUGAGCAUUUUGACUAUGCAUUCACUGGUGUAUUUACAAUUGAAUUGAUUUUAAAAGUCAUCGAUUUAGGCGUUGUUCUUCAUCCUGGUUCAUAUUUUCGUGAUACAUGGAAUAUUCUAGAUGCAAUUGUAGUAUUUUUCGCCUUAGUAGCAUUUGUAGUCAGAUCGGCUACCUCCUUAGGACGAAUUGGAACAAGUACAUCAGCAAAGAACUUGAAUACUAUCAAAUCGUUACGUGUACUUCGUGUGCUGAGACCUCUAAAAACAAUUAAUCGUGUGCCAAAAUUAAAAGCUGUCUUUGACUGUGUGAUCAGUUCAUUAAAAAAUGUUUUCAACAUAUUAAUUGUGUAUUGGCUUUUUCAAUUUAUCUUUGCUGUAAUUGCUGUACAGUUAUUUCAGGGAAAAUUCUUCUAUUGUAAUGAUGUUUCUAAGGUGACAAGAGAUGAUUGCCAAGGCCAAUUCAUUGACUUCAACGAUCGUGGUGUUCCAUUCCUUCAAAAUCGCACUUGGAGGACACGUGACUUUAAUUAUGACAAUGUAAUUCAUGCAAUAUUAACACUCUUCACUGUGACAACUGGUGAAGGUUGGCCAGCGGUUCUAAAAAAUUCCAUUGAUUCUACAGUCGCUGACCGUGGACCAACUCCUGAUUUUCGUCAAGAAAUGGCUAUUUUCUACGUCGUCUUCUUUAUUGUCUUUCCAUUCUUCUUUGUGAACAUUUUCGUUGCGCUUAUCAUAAUCACAUUUCAAAAUCAAGGUGAAAAUGAAUUAAUUGAACUGGAUUUAGAUAAAAAUCAGAAACGUUGUAUCGAUUUUGCCAUCAAUGCUCAACCAUUAUGUCGUUAUAUGCCCAAAGAUAAACAUUCAAUGAAAUAUCGUGUUUGGAGAUUAGUAGUUUCUACUCCAUUUGAAUACUACAUAAUGGUUAUGAUUGCUAUCAAUACAUUAAUACUAAUGAUGAAGUAUCAUCGGCAGGAACAAAAAUCAUACUUUACCGCUUCCGUGGAUACUGAGCAACAAGCUUAUCAUAAUUAUUGCAAUACACUACUAUACUUCAAUUCAGCCUUCACUGUCAUGUUUUCUAUAGAGUGUAUGCUAAAAAUUAUGGCAUUUGGACCAAAGAAUUAUUUUCGUGAUCGUUGGAACAUUUUCGAUUUUAUCACAGUUAUAGGAAGUAUUACUGAUGUAUUGGUUUCUGAGCUUCAGGAAUCAGCAUUUUUAAGUUUAGGAUUUCUACGACUUUUUCGUGCAGCACGUCUAAUCAAACUAUUACGUCAGGGCUACAGUAUACGUAUUAUUCUCUGGACAUUUAUUCAGUCAAUUAAAGCUCUACCAUAUGUUUGUCUACUGAUAACAAUGUUAUUUUUCAUCUACUGUAUUAUUGGCAUGCAGGUUUUCGGAAAUAUUAAAACUGAUCCUCAUUCCCAAUUAAACAAUCACAACAACUUUCAAACCUUUGGAGAUGGCAUACUUCUAUUAUUUAGAUGUGCAACUGGUGAGAAUUGGCAAGAAAUUAUGCUUGAUUGUGCAGCUGGCAAAGAAUGUGAAGGAUCUGGUGAAUCUUGUGGAAGCUCAUAUACCUAUUUAUACUUUGCAACUUUCAAUUUUCUGUGUUCAUUUAUAAUGCUUAAUUUAUUCGUAGCAGUUAUUAUGGAUAAUUUUGAUUAUUUAACUAGAGAUUCUUCUAUAUUGGGUCCACAUCAUCUUGAUGAAUUCGUACGUGUUUGGGCUGAAUAUGAUCCAGGAGCAAAGGGUCUUAUUCACCAUCGUGAUGUAUAUGAAAUGCUAAGAAAUAUGGAACCACCAGUUGGAUUUGGUAAAAAUUGUCCUUAUCGCCUUGCUUAUCGGAAAUUGAUUCGAAUGAACAUGCCUGUAGACGAAAAUGGAUGCGUACAUUUCACAACUACACUAUUAGCUUUAAUACGUGAAUCAUUAGGCAUUAAAACUGGACCAACUGAAAUAAUGGAUCAACGUGAUAUGGAAUUAAGAGAAACUAUUUGUAAAUUAUGGCCAGUUCAUGGAAAGAAAUUACUUCCUUUACUUAUACCUCCUGAUUCAGAGUUAAUUUACCACAAAAUGACCGUUGGAAAAAUAUACGCAAGCUAUCUGAUAAUUGAGAACUGGAGAGCUACACGAGCAUUUCAAGGAAAGGAGGAACCUCAGUAA